UUCUGUCAUCAGCUAAUGCUCUCCUCGGCUGUUCAUAAGGGAGGUAAGAGGCUCCUUCCCAACACGGUAGCCGCCUCUAGAGGGCUCUUCGCUGCUUCUGCGCCUCGCUUCACAUGGACUGAGAUUUGGUGGGAGCAUGACCCGACCCCUAAGGUGGCCCAGUAUAGACCCUAUGUAUGCACUGUGGAGUCUGGCAAGGUCUAUUGGUGGUGCGCCUGUGGUGAGUCCAAGACACAGCCAUGGGUUGAUGGUCACUGUAAAUGUUCCAAGAGGGAAGGAGGUUUCCGUCCCCGUCGUUGGGAGCCCGAGCACGAUGGUGUUCGUCUUUUCUGCGGUUGCAAGUCCUGCUUCAGCUCCCCCACUUGGAACGGUGGUUGCUUCACCAAAUGGAUGCAGUCGAAUCCCGCCGGUGGUAUGCUCUACUGCUUCGCGGCUGCCUUUGGUUUCGGCACGCUGACGUCGUAUUGGUUCCACCCCUAGGCCCUCCGGGGACCAUCCUAUGUCGUACAUCUGUUGCUUACAAGCAUCAGUUCUAUUAUUGUUACCUCUCAUGGAGGCUUUUUG